AUGGCCGAUGCGGAGCAGUCUUCCGAGAAAGAAUGCUUGAAAAUGACCAGCAAUGCUUCCCCCCCGGAAGAGAAACCGAAAUCCGAUGUCAUCUGCCUGAAGCCGAAGAUGAGCCUCCUCAACGGGAUCACGGUCAUUGUAGGAAGCAUAAUUGGCUCAGGGAUCUUUGUUAGCCCCAAAGGUGUGUCGACAGGUACUGGAAGUGUCGGCUUAUCGCUUGUGGUAUGGGUGACAUCCGGAGUAUUUUCCAUGGUGGGGGCCUAUUGCUAUGCCGAAUUGGGCUGCAUGAUCACCAAAACAGGGGCUGACUAUGCCUAUAUUAUGGAAUCGUUCGGGCCUUUUGUUGCAUUCUUGCGCCUAUGGGUCGAGUGUAUGAUCGUCCGUCCAUGCUCGCAAGCAAUAGUGGCUUUGACCUUUUCCUUCUACGUGCUACGUCCCAUGUUUCCAGAUUGUGAUCCCCCGGAUCCUGCUAUACGUUUCCUGGCUUGCCUUUGCAUAUGUAUUUUGACCUUCGUAAAUUGCUGGGAUGUUAAAUGGGCUACAAGAGUGCAAGACUUCUUCACUUACGGGAAAUUAAUGGCUCUGGUCAUCAUUAUCACUGUUGGUUUUAUUGAACUGGGGAAGGGUAAAAUUCAAUAUUUUAAUUUUGAAAAUUCUGAAACAGAUAUUACGAAAAUUGCUUUGUCCUUUUAUUCCGGACUUUUUGCGUAUAAUGGAUGGAAUUAUUUGAAUUUUGUCAUCGAGGAGCUGAAGGACCCUCACAAAAACUUGCCACGAGCCAUAUUUAUUUCAUGUAUUCUUGUAACAGUGGUAUAUACACUCACUAUUGUUGCAUUCCAUACUACUCUGUCGAUUCAGGAGGUUAUGGGUGCUGAAGCUGUAGCUGUGAUAUUUGCUGAUCGUUUGUUUGGAAAUUGGGCGUGGGUUGUGCCAGUUUUCGUCGCUUUAUCGACUUUUGGAGGAGUGAAUGGCAUCCUAUUUACCUCAUCCAGGCUGUUUUAUGCUGGAGCUGAACAGGGUCAAAUGCCAGAAAUUCUGAAUAUGAUUCAAGUUAAUCAUUUAACACCUACUCCAGCUGUUAUGUUUGUGGCGCUUUUAUCGCUCGUCUACUUGUGUUCCAGUGAUAUAUAUGCUCUCAUCAACUAUGUUGGUUUUGCGACAUGGCUUGCCAUUGGUCUAGCAGUAGUAUGCCUUCCAUAUUUGCGCUGGAAACAACCGGAGUUAGCAAGACCUAUUAAAGUGAAUCUUUUUUUCCCAAUUAUUUACAUCUUGGCAACUAUAUUCAUCACAAUUGUACCCAUGAUUGCUGAACCAGUUGAUACUGGAUUUGGAGUUUUGAUAAUAUUGACAGGGGUACCAGUGUACUUCCUAUUUGUCUACUGGGAAAACAAGCCAACGUGUAUAAAAAAUGCAAUAGAUUCCUUCACGCAAACUCUUCAGAAGUUGUUGGUUGUUGUUGCAGCAGAAAAACCCGUGGCUGUCUGA